AUGGAAGGUCUAUUUUUCAAUGUUCAGAAUGGCUAUAUCGAGGGUAUCGUCAGAGGUUAUCGCAACGGACUCUUGACUGGCCAGAACUAUAAUAAUUUGAUUCAAUGCGAGACUAUCGAUGAUCUUAAGCUUCAACUUGGGCCAGCGUAUGGCGAUUUCCUAGCAUCACUUCCACCUAAUCCUUCAACAUCUACCCUCGCUGCCAAAACGACCGACAAACUCAUCUCCGAAUUUCGAUACCUUCGAGCAAACGCGGUUGGUUCACUUGCAAAGUUCAUGGACUACCUGACGUAUGGAUACAUGAUCGACAAUGUAGCCCUUCUGAUUACUGGUACUCUUCAUGAAAGGGAUACCCGAGAACUACUUGAACGAUGCCAUCCUCUUGGUUGGUUCGAAACAAUGCCCGUCUUGUGUGUGGCUACAAACAUAGAAGAGUUAUACAACAGUGUCUUGAUUGAAACUCCAUUAGCGCCCUACUUUAAGGGGAGUCUAAGCCACCAAGAUUUGGAUGAGCUCAACAUUGAGAUUGUCCGCAAUACGUUGUAUAAAAACUACCUAGAGGACUUCUACAACUUUGUCAAUACCGACCCAGAAAUGGCCAACACUCCGACAGCUGAAGUUAUGUCUGAAAUGCUUGAAUUCGAAGCCGAUAGAAGAGCUAUCAACAUUACCCUCAACUCUUUCGGCACAGAGCUAUCAAAGAAAGAUCGCCAAAAGCUAUACCCAAGCUUUGGGCGCCUUUCUCCAUCAGGAACGAUUCUACUUUCAAGAGCAGAGGAUAUAGAAGGUGUUAGACUUGCUGUUGAGGGGGUUAGUGAUUACAAGGGCUAUUUCGAUGCCACUGGAAUGGGACAAAGCACCACAGGGGCGGGAAACAUGAGUGGGGGAGCUGGUGGUAAUGAAAAAAGUUUAGAAGAUCUGUUUUACCAAAAGGAGAUGGAAAUUUCCAAGGGUGCAUUCACAAGACAAUUCACUUUUGCUAUUGUCUAUGCAUGGGUCAAAUUGAGAGAACAGGAAAUCCGCAACAUCACCUGGAUCGCUGAGUGUAUAGCGCAAAACCAAAAAGAACGAAUCGGCAACUACAUCAGUGUAUUUUAG